AUAAAGCAUUCCCUAGCAACGGAGCACCCGAGAGUCAUAGACAAGGGGAUCAGCUUAGCGAGCGAAGCUACUAGAAGUAGUUGGAAGUGUUACAAUGAGGAAGUGGACGAUUCCUUCAGCUCUGCUUCUCUUAUGCCUUCUCUUUCUCCUUCCGGAUCAAGGCCGUAAAUUACAUGCUAGUGCGGAGGAUAGCUCCGAAGAGCUUGUAGAUCCGCCCAAGGUCGAAGAGAAGAUCGGUGCAGUUCCAAAUGGUCUAUCCACUGACUCUGACGUCGUUAAGAGGGAGUCGGAGUCGAUCUCUAAGAGAUCUCUUCGUAACAACGCGGAGAAGUUUGAGUUCCAGGCUGAAGUAUCUCGGCUUAUGGAUAUCAUUAUCAACUCUCUUUAUAGUAACAAAGACAUUUUCUUGAGGGAGUUGAUCUCCAAUGCUUCCGAUGCAUUGGACAAAAUUAGAUUCCUUUCCCUCACGGAUAAAGAGAUUUUGGGUGAAGGCGAUAACACAAAGCUUGACAUCCAGAUUAAAUUAGACAAAGAAAAGAAAAUCCUUUCAAUUCGUGACAGAGGUAUCGGUAUGACGAAGGAAGAUUUGAUAAAGAACUUGGGAACCAUAGCAAAAUCUGGAACUUCAGCUUUUGUGGAGAAAAUGCAGACAGGUGGAGAUCUCAAUCUCAUUGGUCAGUUUGGAGUUGGGUUCUACUCUGUGUACCUUGUUGCUGAUUAUGUUGAAGUUAUUAGCAAGCACAACGAUGACAAACAGUAUGUUUGGGAGUCAAAGGCUGAUGGUGCCUUUGCAAUUUCUGAAGACACAUGGAAUGAACCACUAGGACGUGGAACUGAGAUUAGAUUGCACCUUAGAGAAGAAGCUGGGGAGUACUUGGAGGAAAGCAAACUAAAAGAUUUGGUUAAAAAAUAUUCUGAAUUUAUCAACUUCCCCAUCUACUUAUGGGCCAGCAAGGAGGUUGAUGUGGAGGUUCCCGCUGAUGAAGAUGACAGUACUGACGAGGAAUCAUCUGAAAGCAAAUCUUCUGAUGAGGAAGGAGAAGAUGAUGCUGAGAAAAGUGAAGAGGAAGAUGGUGAGGAGAAACCAAAGACUAAGAAGGUGAAGGAAACAACUUAUGAGUGGGAACUUUUGAAUGAUGUUAAAGCUAUAUGGUUGAGGAGUCCAAAGGAGGUGACAGAUGAAGAGUACACCAAAUUCUAUCACUCUCUUGCAAAGGAUUUCAGUGAUGAGAAGCCUUUAGCAUGGAGUCAUUUUACUGCUGAAGGUGAUGUGGAGUUCAAGGCUGUAUUAUUUGUGCCACCCAAGGCUCCUCACGACCUUUAUGAGAGCUACUACAACGCCAACAAAUCCAACUUGAAGUUGUAUGUUAGAAGGGUCUUCAUCUCUGAUGAAUUUGAUGAUCUUCUGCCAAAAUAUCUAAACUUUUUGAAGGGUCUUGUUGAUUCUGAUACUUUACCCCUCAAUGUAUCAAGAGAAAUGCUUCAACAACACAGCAGUUUGAGAACUAUCAAGAAGAAGCUCAUCCGUAAAGCACUUGAUAUGAUUCGUAAAAUUGCGGAGGAGGAUCCUGAUGAGGCCUAUGACAAAGACAAGAAAGAUGUUGAAAAAUCCGAUGAUGAUGAUGAGAAAAGAGGUCAAUAUGCAAAAUUCUGGAAUGAAUUUGGCAAGUCGAUCAAACUAGGUAUUAUUGAGGAUGCUACUAACAGAAAUCGUUUGGCUAAACUUCUAAGAUUUGAGAGCACCAAGUCGGAUGGCAAAUUGACGUCCCUGGACCAGUACAUUUCAAGGAUGAAAGCUGGUCAAAAGGAUAUAUUUUAUAUUACUGGAACCAGCAAGGAGCAACUGGAAAAAUCUCCAUUCCUUGAGAAGCUUAAAAAGAAAAACUUUGAGGUUAUUUUCUUUACGGAUCCUGUUGAUGAAUACCUGAUGCAAUACCUGAUGGAUUAUGAAGACAAGAAAUUCCAGAAUGUGUCCAAGGAGGGGCUGAAACUUGGGAAAGACUCAAAAUACAAGGAGCUCAAGGAGUCAUUCAAGGAGCUGACCAAGUGGUGGAAGGGUGCUCUUGCUAGUGACAAUGUGGAUGAUGUGAAGGUGUCUAAUCGUUUGGAUGACACUCCAUGUGUUGUUGUGACAUCAAAGUAUGGAUGGAGUGCAAACAUGGAGAAGAUCAUGCAAUCUCAGACUCUAUCAGAUGCUAGCAAGCAAGCAUAUAUGCGUGGGAAGAGGGUGCUUGAGAUCAACCCAAGGCACCCAAUUAUCAAGGAGCUACGGGAAAGAGUGGUAAAGAAUCCAGAGGAUGAGAGCGUAAAGCAAACUGCACAACUCAUUUACCAGACUGCUCUGAUGGAGAGUGGCUUCAAUCUUAAUGAUCCAAAGGAUUUUGCCUCCCAUAUCUACAGCUCAGUAAAGUCGAGCCUAAAUAUCAGCCCUGAUGCUACAGUGGAGGAGGAUGAUGAUGUUGAAGAAAAUGAGGGAGAAAGUGAUACAAAAGAAGCUGCAGCUACUCCUAAAGCUGAAGAGGCAGAUGAUGUCAAGGAUGAAUUGUAGAUGGCUUGAAGAAUGACCGGCUCUUUUCCAAUCCAUGUUGCCUUUUCAAGCUUUUUAUUGUUCAGUCCGUGGAAAAUGCUGCACGCAUAAUUUUGCUUUGCUUUGUUGAAGUGAAAGAAAGCAUUAGUAGAUUUACUGUAAUCAUAUAAUCAGAAUAUUUUGUUUUUUCUUGCAUUAGCAUCAGAAAACUGUGUUUUCAGAUAAAAUCGCAUGACUUUUCAAUGCAUAACUCUUUUUUUUUCUCUC